CAGUCGUAGGCCUAGGCAACGCCCCUAGUUUUCUCGCCCUAGAGGGCUCAGGUGGCAGACACCACCUUGAUCAAUACACACAACCUUUUCCCGGUGCAUUUUGUCUGCACCGACCACAUUACCUCUCCCUAACCGAGCAUGAGCAAGGAUCAACGAGGACGAGUGCAUAUUCAUGGCAAGGGAUAUGCGCGUGUGCGCACAUGCCUGGGUGCGUACAAGCAGUACGAAUGUGCGGAAAUACGGCUUGCAUGGCAAGUAUUUACGUCGUUGCAAUGAAAGAGAGAGAGAGAGUAUAUUUAACGUCACGGCUAACAAAUUAAGCCCGAAGGCACGGAAAUCGGGCCGCAUUCCGGCGCUCCUCAAUAGUCGGGCUUUUACGGUUACGCUAGCAAAUAAAGCCGCAACAAAACCUUGCGCGUACGAUGCCACUUAUAUUUUAAUAUAG